AUGGCGACCAACCACAAAGGUCUGCAAGAAGUAGAACCCCAACCCAUCUCCGACGAGCAAACUCCUCUUUUAUCAAACAGCAAUGGCCACAGCAACGGCAAGCCCUCAGGAGUACCCGAGCCACAUCGACGGGAGAGUGUCCCAGCCGAAGCAGCAUCUUUCCAUGCCUCUCUCGAGGCACAAGUAGAACGGGAGCGCCGCGAACACGAAGCCGGAACCAUCCCGGUAGCGGACGAGCCCUCGACUGGGAAACUACUGGCUACGAUGUCUAGUCUCUGGCUCAGUACCAUCUUUGCUGCUCUGGACUCUACCAUAGUGGCUACACUGUCAGGUCCGAUAACCGCGAAUUUCGAGUCCGGACGACUCUUUUCUUGGAUAGCAUCAGGAUAUCUGAUCGCGAAUGCUGCAUGUCAGCCUCUGUCCGGAAAGCUCACGGAUAUCUACGGCCGAAGAGCUGGCCUGGUGUUCGCCAGCACGUUCUUUGCAAUAGGGACUACGAUCUGUGGAUUUGCUCCCUCCGGAUGGGUGAUUAUCGUAGGCCGUAUCAUCGCAGGCAUGGGCGGCGGAUGUCUGAACACUAUUUCCACCUUCGUAGCCUCCGAUCUCGUCCCACUACGGAAACGAGGUGUUUGGCAGGGCUUCUCGAACAUUGUCUACGGGACUGGAAUGGGUCUGGGUGGUGUUUUCGGAGGCGGGAUUAACGACUGGAUUGGAUGGCGCUGGGCUUUCUAUAUCCAGGUCCCCUUUAUUGUCGUUGCUGGAAUUGCUGGGUUCUUGACUGUGAAGGUGCCUAUUAAGGAGACGGAUACGUCGAAAGCGGCGCGGGUGGACUACCUCGGUGCUUUGACACUCGUAGCUGCUUUGGUCCUGUGCCUACUUGGUCUCAACAGUGGCGGCAACAUCGUCCCAUGGAAUCAUCCUCUGGUCUAUAUUUCGCUCCCACUGAGUCUGGUCUUCCUGCUCUUAUUCAUAUACAUCGAGGACAAGGUUGCGCCGGAGCCUAUCAUUCCUGUUCGACUUUUGCUGGACCGCUCUGUGAUGGCUGCUUGUCUUACACUAUGGUUCAUGACCAUGGCCGUGUAUGCACUGAUCUACUACGGACCCAUCUACUUCCAAGUCGUACGCGGCGUCACACCCACCCGAGCAGGAACGCUCUUCAUACCUCAAGCUGCCGGCACAGCCGUAGGCUCGUUCGGCGCUGGCCUCAUCAUGCGCGCAACCGGGAAAUACUAUCUGCUGAACGUCUUCAUGCAAAUCCUUAACCUCACCGCCUGCAUCUUGAUUCUCACGACUUUCAAUCUUACCGUCCCGGACGCUCCACCCUUCAUCUACCUCUUCAUGGAGGGGACCGCUCACGGCGCAGUCUUGACCAUCACCCUGAUCUCGUUGAUCUCAGCGGUAGAGCAUAAAUACCAAGCCGUCAUCACCUCAGCCUCUUACGCCUUCCGAUCCACAGGGUCCAGUAUCGGGAUCACGAUCUCGAGCGCCGUUUUCCAAAACAUCCUGAGAAGGAGGCUGGAGGCGAGAUUCGAGGGCUUGCCGGGUGCGGCAGAUGAGAUUGAGAGAAUUAGAGACAGUGUUGAGAGGAUCCACCAUAUGCCUGAGGGGUGGUAUGAAGGGGUGUUGGAGGCUUAUGUGGAGAGUUUGAGGGGCGUCUGGGCUGUUAUCUUGAUCUUCAGUCUACUUGCGGCAUUUGCGUCUUUGUUCAUGAGACAAAAUGUUUUGCAUAAGACUCUGGAGAGGAGAUGA